AUGGUGGUGUGCGGCCUCGCCUGCUGGAGGUGCAGGUGGCUCCUGCCCCUGCUGCUGGGCCUGGCCAUCAUCAUGGGCAUCAUCGCCCUGGCGGGCCGGGGCUGGCUGGAGUCGGAGUCGGAGCCUUACGUGCAGCAAGCGUCGCUGUGGGAGAGCUGCACGCGGGGCCAGGACGACCUCAACUGGAACUGCGAGUCCCUCAUGGACUACGGAUGGGGGAGAGCAGCAGCUGCCACGUACCUCGUUGGCUUUGUGAUCCUGGUCAUCUGUUUUGCCCUCGCAGUCAUUGCGUUCUCGAUCGAGAUACUCCGCUUCAACUUUGUGCGAGGAAUUGGAGGCUUGCUCUUUGUUGUUGCUGCAUUCCAGAUCAUAGGCUUGGUCAUCUACCCAGUGAAAUUCGCAGAAGAAAUCCCACUGAUGGGAGAUAAUAUGUUCAGCUGGGCCUAUGGCUUUGGUUGGGCCAGCACUGUUGUUGUAAUAGGGUGUGCUUUCUUCUUCUGCUGCCUCCCCAACUGGGAAGAUGAAGUCCUGGGAAACAUCAAGCCUACCUAUUACUACUCCUCCCCAGAGAGAGCACCAUACUUAAAUUGAAAGAGUAAAUCCAAGUACAAUCAACUAUCAAAACAACAGAGGAGCACCUCUGAUGUAAAUUUGGUGCGAUUAUAGGAGACUGAAAAAAACCCACCUUAUUUCUCCAGAGUAUUUCUUACUAGCCCUGGCAAUAAAUUAGUAAAAACAUUGGAAUCUUUAAGCAAGUAGCUUUUACCUAAAGUAUUGUUUACAUAUUCUCAUGUCGAUUCUGUUUGGGUGGUUUACUUGCUCCUUCCCCUCCCAACUAAUUGAGUCAUCCUUAUUUUAUUCAAACACUUGCUUAUGAAUAAAGAUGUAGUGUUUCAAGUGUAGAAAGGAAGAGGAGAGAUUUUAAACAACCCAUUAGAGGGACCUGCAAGUUAUUUUGUUUUCACCUCUGACAAAAUUGCCUUAAAUGGAACUAGAAAAAACCCAACCUUCCAAAGAACGCUUCUUCUUGCACCAAAGUCAGUCCCAAGGAAGGAACUUCCCUGAGACUAUCGAUUGCAGUCACCUGCUGCCUAAGAAUCUCUUCUCAUUCCUGUUACUGGACUAUUGUUGACUGUUAGCUAUUUGAAUUAAGGGGAAAAUAAAAUUAAAAUUUAUUUUCCACCAAUUGGUGCUGUUAGAGAGAGAUCUCCUCUAAAUCAUGGAGCUGGUGUGUAACAGUGGCUACUGUAACACUUAUUGGUGUUUUUGUAGCCACUGCAGGACUUGUGAUGGAGCCACAUAUAAUUUAAUAUACGUUGUCACAGAGAGAAUCAAUAAACUUUCAGAUGUUAAACUACAUACAUUUUUACAUGGUAUUUGAGGGAUGCUGAUUUAGAAAAUACCUUUGAGUAGAAACAUACACUGUUCUUUAUGUCUACCUUUUUAAAACUGCAGUGUUUUAAUUAUCAGCUGUGUUUUGGAGGGAAAUCUUAGCAUAAGGUGUUGAAAACCUCCAAAAGUUUCUAAAGCACACUGUAGGUACUCCAGAGUUUAGUAAACUUGGGGAUGCUUUGUGAGUCACUAGGGAUAACAGGUAAAAAUAGAAAAGCAGUUCUGUGAGCAAUUUAUGUAUGCAAACUUCAUACAGACACCUGUCUCAGGGAGUAAUCUGGCUGGCUCCUAGCUUGUAUUUCUGGAGCCAGCAAUUCCAAAUAAGUAUUCCAGCGAGGCAGAGCCAUGUCUGUGUUGGUCAUGGACCUGCAGCAGCUUACAGCAGAUUUAAUUAUGGUCUACAAUCUUUGUCAGAGCUUUCUUCAGCUGGGGAAGAAGGAAGAGGCUCAUUUGUGGAGCUCCUCUUCCAACUAUGGGGGAAGUAUCUAUAGCAGAGACAG